AUGCGUUCCUCAACUGUCGCCUUCGCCGUUACCUUGGCCUUGGCCAACUCCGCAUCAGUUCUAGCUGCUGGUGGUUCUGCAGCUACAAUCACCUAUGCUUCUCCUACCAUUCUCCAAACCGGAGACAGCGAAGAUAUCAGCAUUAGCUCGACCACUGCCAGUGUGGAUGCCACCAGCACAUCAUUGUCUGCUCUGGUCCCAAUAACCUCUGUUACCUCCGUCCCGGAAAGCAGUACUUUGUCAGCGUAUGAAUCCUCCUUCACCUCCUACUCCAUAAACUUCAUCUCCUCCUACACACCAUCUGGAUCAGUAUACUCAUCCGGUUCCGUGUCCAGUUCCAUUGUCUCCGGCAAGCCAGGCGUUUAUUCUAACUCCACAAUCAUUUCUACCGCAACUGCUUCUGUCUCCAGCGCCGGCACAUCUACCGCUACCGCCGUCACUGAAGUACCUGGAGCCACCAAAAGUUCCAGCAAGAGUGGAGCUGCGACAGGUGCAAGUUCAAGCGCGAGCGCCUCUGCAUCGAGCUCUGCUGCUGAUGCUUUGUCGAUGAAUGGAGCAUCUUGGAGUGUUGGAAGUCUUAUGCUUGGUGGAAUGGCUGUUGUCUUUGGUUUCUUCUAG